GCCGCUGUGUGGCCGCCGGCGAUCAUGCCUCAUGUUUCGCUAACCAUAGCCAUAGCCGGAGCCGCCGCACAGCCGGUUUAUUUUGAAAAUCGAAAGCUUCACUUCGAGAUUUACUUUUGCAGGCAGGGCACCCACAACGGAGGGACAAUGAAGUACACGGUUGACAUAAUUAAGGAAGGCUAUUCAUACCUAGAAGGAAAGUACAUGAAGGCCAAUGGGACGUGCACAUUAAUUCGUGGAGGAGGCAUCAACGUCAUUGUUGACACCUUGUCAGCGUGGGACAGAGACUUUCUUAGCGACAGUUUAAGCAAACGAGGCCUCAGCUGUGCAGACAUCAACUUCGUUGUCUGCACCCACGGCCACUCGGACCACGUUGGCAAUCUGAACCUUUUCCAGACAGCAACCCAUAUCGUUGGCAGGUGCGUCUCUAAAGGGGAUGCCUACCAGUUAGAUGCCUUUGAAAAGGAUGGUCCAUUUCGCAUCGCUGAAGACCUGCAAGUGAUUCUUACACCAGGCCAUACUCUGAGUGAUGUCAGCGUCUUAGUCGCCACGCUGGAGCUCGGCAUCGUUGCCAUAACAGGUUGGAGUCUGGUGGAGUGCUUGCGUCUGAUCGACAUCCACGUUCCCGGCGCUGUGCGUAGUGGAGACCCCGUGCAACUGCAGUGCGAAUACAACCUGGAGGGCGCCGAACUCUAUUCUGUCAAAUGGUACAAGAACAAUGUGGAGUUUUACCGCUACUUGCCUUCGGACAUUCCACCCGGACAAUCCUACGAGCUGCUCGGAAUCUCCGUCGAUCACAGCAGGUCAGACAAGAACAAGGUAUUCCUGGAGAAGACGGACCUCAACACGGAAGGCAUGUACGGCUGCGAGGUGUCCACGGAGAGUCCGGGAUACAGGACGGUCAAGGGAGAGAGGGAGCUGAGAGUCUACGUACUUCCUGAAGAGGGCCCCAUCAUGGAAGGCUUCCAGAGCCGCUACCAGGUCGGUGACCAGGUCAAUGUCACCUGUUACUCGAGACCCUCCAAGCCUAUGGCGCAGCUCAAGUGGCACGUCAACGGAAAAGAGGUGCCGGCCAAAUACGAGACGCGCUCGGGUGUGAUCCGCCACGAGAACGGUCUGCAGAGCAGUUCGGCCACACUCCACCUGCAAGUUCGGCCGGAACACGUGCAGCGGGGGAGCAUCCGCUUCCGCUGCGUGUCCGCCGUAACGCAGGCACAUUCCAGGAGCAGUGAGGAACUAGUCAUCGGGGAGAAGGCACCAGGACCGGUUCUACAAGAGUCCAACAGCCCCCGCAUCAUGAGCGCCAAGUCCAAGUACGAGGUUGGGGACGACGUGGAUGUUAACUGUACCUCUGUCGUCACGGUACACCCCGUCCAGCUGCGCUGGUUCGUCAACGACAAAGAGGCCAACGCGUCGGACUUGCUUCGCUUCGCAAACGUUCGUUAUCCUGACGGCACAGAGGCCGCUGUCCUGGGCCUUCGCUUCCGCGCCACCUCCAGACACCUGAGCGACUCCGAGGGGCUACGGCUCAAGUGCACGGCCACCCAAUCACGGGUCGUUGCUCUCAGCUCCGAGGAAACAGUACAAGGAGCACAUCAGAGGUCGUCGGGGCUCGCCGCCGACAGCUCGGGUUCAGUGCGGAACAGAGUGCAGUGGUGUGGUGCAGCCAUGGCUCUCCUGUUGACCACUUUCCUGUAAGAACGGACAUGCAAUACAAUCAGCCGUGUGUGGUGGUGGUGAUGGAGGAAGUCGUCGAGCACACAUGGAGGACGCCAAUCUAGGGAUAUUUUCCUACUCUCGUUCUCAAAUAGCUUCAAAGACUAUGUGACGAGACAGAAGGACAUUGUACAUAAUGAGGCUGCAAAUAUGUUUCUUUCUUUUUUUUCCCCAUCUGUGUCUUUUCUCUCUCCAGUUAGCCCCCAGGAAGAACUUCGGUGAUUUUUUUUUUAAUCCACGACAGGGGCUCCACUUUGUUUGUGUCGGAGAGAGAGAGAGUGUGUGGUUUCAGACGGGUCCUAUCGCAAAUGCGAAAUCACAAGGAA